ACAUAUCUAGCACAUUUUGACCGCCGCGUGGAAGCAGCUACAUAACCAGCUAGUCGAGAUGGCGACAGAGCACAAGUAUUCAGUGCUUCUCCCCACGUACAACGAGCGCGAGAACUUGCCAUUGGUGGUUUGGCUACUGGACAAGACGUUCGUCGACAAUAAACUCAAUUACGAGAUCGUGAUUGUGGAGGACAACAGUCCGGAUGGCACGCUGCAGGUGGCGCGUGACCUGCAACAGAUCUACGGCAAGGAUAAAAUUGUGAUCCUGCCUCGCGAGGGCAAACUAGGACUAGGAUCCGCCUACCGCGACGGCCUCAAGAAGGCGACAGGCGACUUUGUGUUCCUCAUGGACGCUGAUCUUUCGCACCACCCCAAAUUUAUUCCUGAAUUCAUCAAGAAACAAGCUGAGGAAAACUGCGAUAUCGUCACAGGCACGCGCUACGUCUCCGGUGGCGGUGUGUACGGCUGGGAUCUGCGUCGCAAGCUGACGAGUCGUGUGGCUAAUUACCUGGCGACGGUACUGCUCAAUCCGUCCGUAACGGACCUCACGGGUAGCUUCCGACUGUACAAGCGCGACGUCAUCGAGGACAUUAUGAGCGCGAUCCAGGGACUGGGCUACGUCUUUCAGAUGGAGAUCCUCGUACGUGCCCGUCAACGUCAGUACUCCAUCGACGAGGUGCCGAUCACCUUUGUCGACCGUAUCUACGGUGAAUCGAAGCUAGGCGCCGGCGAGAUCGUGGCGUACCUCAAGGGACUACUCAACCUUUUCUUUACGACGUAAAACUGCAGCAAAAAGCGAGUAGAGUACAUCAUGUUGUACGUAGUUCGAGGUCGAUUUGUCACACUCUUGUUAUCGGAUACUUUUGCCUGUUUUACUCUUUCGUCUGAGCCCCC